UCUUUGAGAAAAAAAGGGGGGAGAGAGAGAGCCACAGGAAGACAUGGAAGGGAACGGCGCCGCCGCCGGCGGGACGCGGCGGCCGUGGAGCAUCUGCCGGCAGUCCGCGGGUGCGCCGCUAGCAGCCGCGGGGAGCAUGAGCAUCCGCGCGGUGCUCGACCGCGUCUUCUCUGCCGUCGACGCCUCCGGGCCGCGCCCCGUCCUGGCGAUCGGCAACGGCGACCCCACCGCCUCCGCCUGCUUCAGGCCUCCGCUCGAGGCCGAGGAGGCCGUGGUGGAGGCGCUCCGCUCCAGGAAGCACAACGGUUACUCCCCAUGUGUCGGCGUCCUGCCGGCACGCCGUGCUAUUGCAGAGUACCUAUCACGGGACCUUCCUUAUCAGCUUUCACGGGAUGAUAUUUACCUCACUUCUGGAUGCUGCCAAGCUAUUGACGUCAUGAUCUCCAUCCUCGCCCAGCCUGGAUCCAACAUCUUGCUUCCCAAACCUGGGUUUCCAUUAUAUGAGUCCCGGACCAUGUUCAGUAAUCUAGAGGACCGGCAUUUCAACCUUAUUCCUGACCGAGGCUGGGAGGCUGACUUGGAGUCCGUGGAGGCUCUUGCUGAUGAGAACACGGUUGCGAUGGUUAUUGUAAAUCCCAGUAACCCUUGUGGGAGCGUGUACUCACAUGAUCAUUUGGCCAAGAUUGCAGAGACAGCAAGGAAACUUGGAAUAAUAAUUAUAGCUGAUGAGGUAUAUGACCAUUUGGCUUUUGGGAAUAAGCCUUUUAUACCAAUGGGUAUCUUCGCAGAUAUAGUUCCAGUGAUCACUGUGGGAUCUAUAUCUAAAAGGUGGCUUGUGCCUGGUUGGCGACUUGGUUGGAUAGCAAUGUGCGACCUGAAUGGCAUCUUAAAGGAAGCCAAGGUUGACAAAUUGAUUGAAAGCUAUAUUAAUAUCACAAAUGAUCCUGCAACAUUUAUCCAGGGUGCAGUCCCUCAAAUAAUAGCCAACACCAAGGAAGAUUACUUUAUGAAAAUACUUAAUCUUUUGCGAAAUUCGGCAGAUUUAUGUUACGGUAAAAUAAAGGAGACUAGGGGCAUUACAUGCCCUCACAAACCAGAGGGAUCGAUGUUUGUCAUGGCAAAGUUGGAUCUCUCUUGCUUGGAUGGCAUCCAGGAUGAUUUGGACUUCUGCUGCAGGUUGGCAAAAGAGGAGUCUGUAAUAGUGUUACCAGGAAGUGCAUUAGGAAUGAAGGACUGGAUUCGUAUCACUUUUGCUAUGGAUAUGCCAACUCUUGAGAAUGCCCUUGAAAGGAUCAAGUCCUUUUGCCAGAGGCAUGCUAAACUGGAAGCAUAAGCACAGUGAUGAUUGAGCUAUUACUCCGUACAUUGUUGUGCUGAAUCACUUUUAUCAUGGCUGUUGCACCAUUCUGGUGAGCAACUAUAAGGUUGUGAAUAAAUGAUUGUCUUGUUUUCAAUAAAAUGAUGAAGAUUAUUUAAUUUUCCAUACAUUUA